GCGCUUGGCUCAGUUGGUCUCAUCCAGAGGAUGCGAGCGCUGAUGUUACUCACCGCGCGUGAGGUGCGGCGCCACAGAGGAACAUCACAUAAACCUCGUCGUUCUCUCUCCACAUGGUUAGUGUUGUGAAAUGUGGUGUUUCAAUCAUGGCACGGGGUCUGAUACCGUGGAUCUGGCUGAAGAGACCCGUCUAUAUCCAGUCUUUUGUGCACAGGCCCGGUUUUCUUACCUCCAUAUGAAGUACCUGUUUUUUUCCUGGUUGGCUGUUUUCGUGGGAAGCUGGGUGGUGUACGUGGAAUACUCAUCUUACACAGAGCUGUGCCGUGGACAUGAGUGCAAGAAUUCCAUCUGUGAUAAAUUUCAGAAGGGUGUGAUUGAUGGUUCUGCCUGCAACAGCUUGUGUGAGAAAGAGAAUCUGUACUUGGGAAAGUGUCUCUCUGCAAAACCCAGCAAUCAGGUAUACUCUGGCAUUUGGGGGGAUAUGGAGGGGAUCAUAAAGUGCCAGAUGGAGGAGGUCCCACACUACGAUCUGGGUGUAGAACUGGAGCCCCGGAAAGAAUUUGCCUCCUUUAACAGGCCGACAAAAGGAACAUCGGUGGAGAAGUUUAAAGAGAUGGUGUUUAGCCAUCUUAAGGCCAAAGUUGGAGACCAAGCCAACUUACAAGAUUUGGUGACCCUCGUGCUUGGAGUUGCUGACAGCAACAACGAUGGCCAGAUCUCCUUGUCUGAAGCCCAUUCAGCUUGGGCUUUACUACAGCUGAACGAAUUCCUGCUGUCCGUCGUGUUACAGGAUCGCGGGCACACUCCCAAACUGCUGGGCUUCUGUGGGGACUUGUAUGUAACAGAGAAGGUGCCUUAUGUACCACUUUACGGCAUCAGCUUGCCGUGGUUGUUUGAGCUGUGGAUCCCAGGCGGUUUACGGCGAAGCAUAGAUCAGUGGGCUGCACCAUCCUGGCCACGCAAGGCAAAGAUAGCCAUCGGUUUGUUUGAGCUUGUUGAGGAUGUCUUCCAUGGCACAUAUGGAAGUUUUCUCAUGUGCGACGUUAGCGCUGCAGGGUUCGGUUAUACAGAGCGCCACGAUAUAAAGGUGAUAGACGCAAGGCGAAUUGUGCCUGAAGUUUCUUUUCAGGAAGUGAUGCGUGAAAGGCGAUGCGACGUGGACAGUGACUGCUUGUAUGGGAGGGACUGCCUGACUUCCUGUGAUCUCACGAAAAACCGCUGCACUACAGAGGUCACUCAGCCGAAUCUGGCUAAAGUUUGUAGCACGUUAAAGGACUAUGUCCUUUAUGGUGCACCAUCAGACAUUAAAGACGAACUGGAGAAACAGCUGUAUGCCUGCAUUGGUCUCAAGGGUGCCACUGAACAGAUGGAAAUGGAGCACUCUCUGAUCCUCAACAACCUCAAAACUCUCCUGUGGAAGAAAAUAUCCCAUACUAAAGACUCCUAAUAAUAUUUAACUAAGUUAUUAUUACUCUUCUAUACAGAUAUACACAGCAAAUUAUGACCGACUGAUAUCACACAAAUCAUCGAACCAAAAUUUUUCUGGCUAUUUUUGUGCUGAAGUGGCAGAGUAUGCCAAUAUAACCUUUAUUGCCCCUUGUUCCAGAUUACUCAGACUUGACUCCAUCCCAAAUCAUAACAGCUUAGGCUCUCCUAAAGCAUGUCCCUACACUGCCAAGAGAAAAUGCCAAAUUGCUGCUCUUCCUGUGGAUCAAUGUUACGGAAACUGAGACAAUCAGACUGAUUGAUUUCAAUCCUUCUCCUUUCAACUAUCAAAGGAUUUAGAAAUAAUUUGCAUGAUUUACAGUCAUUUUCAGACUGAGUACAUCAGGUUAGAGAUGCACUGAUACAUCGUUAUCAGCUGAUUAAACCUAUUUUUCAAACUAUCGACUUAUUAAAAGUUUUUAAACAUUUUGCCAAUUCCUGUCAAUUACAGGAUGGGAAACGCAUCAAAUUGUGCUGUGUGUAAAGGAAGUGUUAAGAAGCUUGAUGUUCAAUGUUAAUAGUAAUUAAAGAGUAACUAAACCCCAAACCAACUUUUUUUAGUUAAUGGAUCUGUAAGAAUGAUGCUUUAUUAGUGCUGUUGAUUGAUUUUAGUAAGUUUUUUGACAUUUGGAUAUAAAGUGUUUCAAUACUACAAUAUAUGGUGUAAAAACGUCUGAGUGCUGCCCUCUUCAGGUUGAACGGUGGCUACUGCAGUUGAAUUUUCCUAUUGGAUGUUGGGUCCAAGAAAUGACUCGUGACGUAAGCAGGUUCAAGCUCACCACACACUUAGUUCGUCCCCUCUAUCUCCGUUGGGAUCUGCCCACUUUUCUUGCAUUUUUCAAAUAUUGCAGUGGGUGGAGUCAGGCUCUGACCAGGGGUUUAGUUACGCUUUAACUAAGUUAUUAAUUCAUAAAACUUCAGAAAUACUUUUUUAAUAUUCAGAAUUUAGUUAAUGUAAGUUAAGAAUGUUAAUUUGAGUUAAUGUUACCUAUUGUUAUAGGUAAUCGGUAUUGGCAGACAUCACAUUAUAUUGCGCACUGUAAACACAAUCAAAGCUUCAAAAACACAGGAAGAACGGGACCUUUAAAUAAAACUGCCUAUGAAACUCUUAAAAGGGAUAGGUGAACCAAAAAUGAAAUUUGUUUAUUAUAUGGAUUUCCAAAGGAUCAGUUUCAGCUUCUUUACAGUUAUACUAAAAAAAACAUCACCUGGAAGAGAACAAUUUAUAAACUUUUUCUAAAAUAAUAUUCUUCUACAUCACUCAAAAUUCUAAAGAAUAUUAGCCAAAGGUAUAUCAAUA